GAAAAAUGCGAAAAAUGGAGUUUCAUAAUUGCGAUAUAAGCAUUCAUUAUACUUCUAAUUCCCCAGAAUCAAUUCGCAGUCCAUCUUCCCGUUCCCCUCGCUCCUCUAGUGCUCCGAAUUUACCCGAUUUACUUCGCCGUAUCCCAGGUUGCCCUCGAAUGGAAUUUCAUAAUUGCCGUAUAAGGUUUAAUGAUUAUUCUAAUACCCCAGAAUCAUACCGCCGCCCAGCCCCCGGUCCCUCUCGUCGCCGCUCUAACCGUCUUUCAGCUUCCGCUCCCUAUGAUGCCAAUUCACCUCGCCGUCUUCCAGCUCCCGUUCCGGUUGUUCCGGAUCCACCUCGCAAAGUCGAAGCUUCUGACCCUAAUCCUGGUGUCCCCGCUCACCGCCCCCCUGUCGACAAUGUCUCAAAGUCGAUUAAAAAAGAAGAAAUCUAGCCA